AUGCUGAGUGAUUCUAGAGUUUAUUCACUGAAAUUCGAUCUCCAACGAAUCGACAACGAUUACGACAUUGUUGAUCCAUCUAUAAAGCAAGUAAGUGUACUUGGCCAAGUUGAAACAUCUCAAGUCUUUCACUGCCACGGUUUAUUGUUAUUCGUUACCAAAGAUCAAAAGCUCGUGUUGUGGAAUCCCUAUUUGGGGCAAACCAUGUCGACCAAGAGGUCCAAGACUUUCAAAUCUCUUAGCAGAUAUGAAAAGUUUGGUCUUGGAUACGACAGCAUAAACGGCUACCACAAAAUCUUGAGGGUUUAUGAAAGAAAAAACGGCUCUCUCCGGUCGGAAAUCUAUGAUUGUAACUCUACAUCGUGGAGGGUUCUUGGUGUCGUUCCCGAGUGGGAUAUAACUUAUCAUGACAUCAGCAUGUCUGUGAAUGGAAAUACUUACUUUCUUGCUCUAGAGAAUGCAACAAAGGAUUCAAAGAUUGAAGAGGACGAUGUGUUGUGGUCUUUACAUUGUUUUGAUUUCACAGCAGAGAGAUUUGGACCGCUUCUUCCUCUUCCUUUUCAAUCGCACGAGUAUAGUUCAGAAUCUGUGGCUUUAUCUUGUGUUAGAGAUGAGCAGCUCGCUUUGUUGUUUCUACGCAACCCUGAGGUGAUGGAGUUUUGGAUUACGACUAAGAUUGAUCCCAGCUCAGUAUCAUGGAGCAAGUUCUUGGAAGUGGAUACGAGAUCUUUCCCUUGGUUUCCGUCUGUCGUCAUGGCUGGGGCUUUCUUUCUUGACGAGGCCGAGAAGAAAGCCGUUCUUGUUUCCAGUUUCCGCAAAUAUAGAUCACCGACCAAGACCUGUUGCUACCAGACAGCUUACAUCAUUGGAGAAGAUGGAUACUUCAAAUCUGAGGUUAUCAUUGGAGCUAGGCUUAGCAAAAAAUGUGGAUAUUGUUUCCCGUUUGUGUUCACUUCUUAUGUUCCAAGUUUAGUGCAACUGAAAUAA